AUGGACAACCCAGGGUCUUUCAAGGAGUACGUUUUUGCUCCAGGCGUGCCUGCACCAUGCGUUGCUGGCAAGCAGCAGUGGACCGGCUACCAAUACCCGGGCAUUAUCACCAAGCAUCCCACUGGCACUGAGGAUUACUCAAUCAGGGGCAAGUUCAAGGUCCCUGUCAACCUGCACAUUGGCAACAUCGGUCUGGUCCCCGACACCAACAUGGCCGUCAACAGUAUUCCGCCCAUGAAAACAGGCGGUAACAUGGACAACCGCCGUAUCGGCAAGGGCGCCACCCUGUACCUGCCAGUCGAGAAUGCCGGGGCCCUCCUCAUGAUGGGUGAUGCUCAUGUUGCACAAGGUGACUCGGAGCUGGAUGGCACUGGGGCGUACAAAAAUGCUCGUGACUGGCUGAUGCGCUUCAAGGGGCUCACUGAAGACCAGGCCAUCACCCUGCUGACUGUAGCUGGCGAUUUCGCCAUCACCCAGGUCGUCGACGGCAACUGGGGUGUGCACGUGGUCAUCCCCAAGUAUGUCUUCAGCAACCCCAAGGCUGCAUUCAAGCCUGCAACCAAGUGUGGCUCAUCUCUGCCAGCGUAA